AUGGCCGCCCCGGAUGAAAGUAGUCGUUCCUACUUGAGCAAACUGUCGCCAUGGAGUAGAAGUCCAAGCAUGCCACCAAGCAAGGGCAGAGAUGGCGAUCCGUCGCCAGCGUUAUUGCAAGAGCAAAAAGGGGCGGAUCAUGUUGUGAACCAUAGGCAUAGGCUGAGCCUGAAGAAAUACCCUCGAGAUUGUCCUCCUUUGCGGCCACAGUGGUUCCAUGCUGUUGAUGUGCCGAAACGUCGACCACAUCCAGCGGCUGGGGAGGUCAAAGAUGAGAAGCCUCCUGGCAUGCCGAAGAAAUAUGCUGCCUUCUCGAAGAGGGACUCGAAGGCGAUCGAAGCUGCGUUUCAGAAGCUGCUCGAAGAGGAAGACUCGGAGGAGGCUUUCAAAAUACAGCAGCAACGUGGGACAAAGCCGAAUGAAAAUGCAGAUGUGAAGAAGAGAAAACCAAACACAGAGGAUAAGCCGGGCCACUUCAAUGUUCCUGUCAACGAGGACUACUUGUUCGACGUCGAUGUUGAAAGGAGAGAACUUGCUCCAGCGUAUUGGCUAGGGCCGGUCUACGACGUCCGUCGUGGAAUCUGGUUCUAUCAAGACGGCAGUGUCCAACGCCCCUGUGACGAGAACCUCGCCGCUCAGCUGGAAGAAGGAUAUCUUAAGGUGAAAGCAUGGCGACUACCAUCUGCCCAAAAUUCACAAACGAAGCCUCGCUCAGCAUCCCAGCCACGAGCGAGGCCAGCGUCGUGGGCACCAGGUCAAGAUGGAAAUCCUCCUGCAUCGCAGCCCGUCUCGGCCAAGCAGUCGUCGUCUGAUCUUCGCAAUCAAGCCGCGGAGCAAGCUAACCAACUGUCUGCCACUAGCAAUGAGCAGGCCGAUCAACCGCAGACAACGUAUCGCUUGUUCGGGUCUCACAUGAACUCAGUUGUGACGUAUCAAGAUGCCAAUACUGCCUGGCUGCUGACCGAUGAUUUCAUGUCUCGCAUGAGCGGUCCAUUGUACCAGCGAUUCGCUGGUGGCGGGCAUUUUGCAGGCAUGAAGAUGACCAGAGGCUAUGUCGUUACGUCAAAGAAGGCCGAAGUCAAAGACGAGAAGGCAGCCGAUGAGAAAGGUUCGUCUGUGAAAUCAGGCCCUGAAGCCGAAAAUGUCAGCGAAGAAAGGCCAAGCACUUCAGAAACCAAACGACAGACUUUGCAACGACAGAUGUCCUCGCUCUUGGAAGAGCCAUCGAGUGAGAACCGUGCCAAGGAAGAUGAAGAAAUCCGCAAACGCGAUGAGCGUGAAAUUGAGGACGAUUAUCGAGACACUGAAGGCGAAGAUCAAGGCCGUGAGAUCGAACAUCUAAUUCUUGUCACGCACGGCAUCGGACAACGACUGGGUUUACGGCUGGAAAGUGUCAACUUCGUGCAUGAUGUCAACACCCUUCGCAAAACGCUCAAGGCAGUCUACGCGGACUCUCCAGACUUGCGUGCACUGAAUGCGGAGCUCGAUGAAUCUGAGUCUGUCAACAGCCGCGUCCAAGUGCUACCUAUCUGCUGGCGACAUCUGCUUGACUUUCCAAAGCAGAGUCUAAGACACAAUCGUAAAGAGCAAGACUUGGCAGACACUGAUGUCGACGACGAAGACUACCCCAGCUUGGAAGAUAUCACAGUCGAUGGCGUUCCAGCUGUACGCAAUCUCAUCACGGAUCUUGCUUUGGACAUCUUACUGUACGAUUCACCAGCGUACAAGGACCACAUCUCCGGAAUAGUUUUGCGAGAGAUCAAUCGAAUCUACCAUCUCUUUUGUCAACGAAACCCAAACUUCAACGGCAAAGUCAGUCUAGUCGGCCACUCCCUCGGAUCAGCCAUCAUGUUCGACCUCCUCUGCAGACAAGACCAACCACAGAAGCUGAAGCGCAAGCACGAAAAGCCGAUGAAACUCGACUUUCCAGUAGAAGACUUCUACGCACUCGGCUCCCCAAUCGGUCUGUUCCAGAUGCUUGGAGGCAGAACAAUCGCCUCGAGAAGACAGCCUGAGAACCGUGACCGUGCUGGUAGCUCUUUGGGCAGCAUGGACGACCCAAUGCUGGGCACACCCACGGCGAAGAAAGCUACUUUGGAUCCACAUCCUGCACACGUUCAAGGCGAGAAUCCCGUCUCAAGGCCGAAGUGCGCGCAGAUCUACAACAUCUUCCAUCCCACGGAUCCAGUCUCCUACCGUCUCGAGCCUCUGAUCUCGCCUGCCAUGGGAUCUCUCAAACCCCAACCAUUGCCAUACACCAAACGCGGCAUCUUCGGUGCGCCUGUUGGUCAAGGCUUGACUGGAAUCGGAGCACGAGUCAGCCAGAGCAUGAGCAGUAUGUGGUCAAGUAUGGCCUCGAGCUUGUUGACUCGUGGACUUGGGUACGCUGAAGAAUCUGGAAGACCAGCUGCCAGCGCACAGGGGAUCACCAAAAGCACCGCUCCUUUGUCGAUGGGAGCUGGUACCAAUGUGCCCGGUCCAUCCAACGCUGCCGGAACGAAUGUUGCUGCUGGAGUCGUCCCUACAGCACCCAUUCCCGCCGAAGGGACUGAGAUUGCCAAGAUAGGAGAAGACAAGGUCAAUCGCGUUGCUGCAGAUGCUCAAGCCGCAAGUGAGAAGAAGAUUCACCCGCCCACACUCAUCGACAAUGAGCUGGAGACUCUGUACGGCGACUUCGAGAGACGACGCAAGUCUGUACAAGGCGACUCACAGACCCGCGAUCUGGGAGCCGGGGCUGUAAAGGGCACACCUGAAUGGACUGAAGCUGAAGAGCGUGGAAAGAGACUACGCAAAGAAGAAGAGAAAGUACGGCGGCUGAACAGCAAUGGUCGAGUUGACUAUGCUAUCCAAGAAGGCGCUUUCGACAUCAACUUGAUUGCUGCUAUCGCCAGCCAUCUGUCGUACUGGAGCGAUGAGGACGUUAGUCACUUCAUCAUCUCUCAACUACUCAGUCGGCACCGGAUCCUGCGACCCCGAGCGGAGAGCUCUGCUGCUAAGGUGCGGUGA